UGCUCUGGCGGUCAGCUCGAGUCAGCAGCGCUCCUCCACAAUCACGAGAAACGAGAUUUUAUUGUUCUGACGGACUUAACGAUGUUUUAUUGGCUCAUGUGGACUUCAGAAACAUGAAUGAAGACGGUUUAGCUUUACAGUGCUUACUGUUCUUUCUCUCAAGGGGAAAACAUGCGAAGAUCUUAACCAAUGAACACAUCCGAAUGAGGAGUUCACAUAUGGGAAUCCUACAAUUCACUCGUCGUAUUCUCCAGUGUGGCUGACGCUCGGAUAAAACGGAUACAUGGAACAAUUCCAGGAUUUAUCAUGUUUUUUUCUUUUUUUAUGGAACAGCUGGAAAUGAGGCUGAUUUUUCAUAUUUCAUAUAAUCAAAAUAAAGUGAAUCCCCCUGUCUGAUGAAGGAUGAAGAAUAUCAUAUGGAGGAGAUCUGUAAACCCUCUGUGUGUUAGUUGAUUCUGGAGUUCCUGUGUGGGUUCAGAUCGCUGCAGAGAUGCUCCAGACUAAUAACUACUCGCUGGUGUUGCUCAUCCAGCUCGCACUGCUGGCCUUUGACCUGUUCGUCAACUCCUUCAGUGAGCUCAUUCGGCCCGUCCCGGUCGUCCAGCUCGUGCUCUUCAUAAUCCAGGACAUCGGCAUCCUGUUCAAUGUCAUCAUUAUUCUUCUCAUGAUGUUUAACACAUACGUGUUCCAGGUGGGACUGGUAUCUCUGUUACUGGAGCGAUUCCGAGCUCUGCUCAUACUGUGUGCCCUCUAUCUGACCCUCAGCAUCUGCCUUCACUGCUGGGUUAUGAACCUGAGGUGGAUGGAUUCAAAUCGUUUCAUUUGGACAGAUGGCCUUCAGGUUCUCUUUGUAUUCCAGAGACUUGCUGCUGUAUUGUAUUAUUACUUCUACAAACGCACAUCCGAGUGCCUGGGUGAUCCCAGACUUUACGAGGACUCUCCGUGGCUCCGGGACGCAUUUGCUAGAGCACGACAGUGAACAUUGGAUGCACUGGGGAUGAGCGAGAGUUAAUAGAAACAGUCUGUGUGUGGCUCAAGAGGAGCAUCAUUCCUGAACGAUCCACAAUAUCAUUCCACAGUUUUUUACAAUGCAUAGAACUCUGGAAUCUGGAUCUUGUGUUGAAAACAAACGGCAAAGAAAUGACUGUUCAUCAAAGAAAUUGACGAAUCCAAGUGGAUUUUAAGUGGAGAUUAAAUAGACUCAGAGCCCCAAAAAAGCAAAUGAAAGAGACAAAAUGGCUUUCUUAGACCAGGCGGUCAGACGACGGUAAGAAGAAAGAAAAAUGACCAGUCUGAUUGUAUCAUGUUUCUGUUUACAGCUGAAAAUGUGUUCUGGACUUUAAUGAGUGGAAGCAGAUAAUCAGAAUUGAGGUAACGUUUAUACUAGUGGCACGAACAAAAUACAUAAAUCAUGUCUGUUUUUACACAAAUUGUUUCCCACUUGUCGGAUGUAUAACUGAUAUUUUGUUGUAUAAUGUGUAGUGAUUUGUGUAAUAGUUUUGAUUACUGCUGGCAGCAGUGAUUUGAUUGUACAGAUGACCCCAGUGUGGUUUCCUAAACUUUAGUUUGCCUUUGGAGAAGUUGAGUUGGAUUAGGUAUAUUUUUAUGGAUUUUUUGUAUAUGGCACCAUUUUUUAAAAUGGUUUGUAAAUGUCUUUGUUUUUGUCCAAACCAUCUGUUAAAGGGACAGUUCACCCAAAAAUUUAAAUUGUGUUAUCAUUUACUCACCUUCGAGUUGUUCCAAAUCUGAAUAAAUUUCUUUGUUAUGAUGAACACAGAGAAAGAUAUUUGGAAGAAUGCCUACAACCAGACAGAUUUUGCCCCCCAUUGACUCCCAUAGUAGGAAAAAAUACAUUGGAAGUCUAAAGCUCCGCAGAACUGUUUGCUGUCCUACAUUCUUCAAAAUGUCUUCUUUUGUCAACAGAACAAAAAAAUUAUUAAGUAAGUUUCUUUUAUGGGAGUUAACGGGGGAGAGAUCUGUUAUAAGCAUUCUUCCAAAUAUCUUUCUCUGUCUUCAUCAGAACAAAGACAUUUAUACACACUUGGAACAACUCGAGGGUUGGUAAAUAAUGACAGAAUUUUCCCUUUAACUCUUAGAAUUUUGUGAAUAAAGUAAAGUGCCUCACUCUUAACACAGAGUUACCAGCACAGCUUCUAUAAUAUUGUCAGUCCACAUGCUCACAUAAUUGUGAUUACAUUUUCAUACACUUCUGACUUAGUAAUAAUAGACCUUUUUCAACGACGGCCACAUUGACUUAUUUAACGUGAUGCUUAAUGUCAGAAAUGUGACCCGGCAGAAUUGUUCUGUAAGCAGGACAGCACCAGUACAGUCUGACUGAUUGUGAUUCAAGGCUUUGUUUAGGUUUGAGCUCAGAGACUGACAGACUGUUCUAUUCUGAUCGUUCAGAUUAAGCUGGGAUUGGGGUAUUAUACACCACAAACAGCCUGCAAAACACAAAUAGCACAACUCACCCUUGCCUUGUGUUAUCUAACGUGAACACUGACAGUAUUAUCAUUGUUUAGUCUUUUACCUCAUGAACUGCAUAAAUGAGAAUACCUUUUUGGCAAGCU